AUGGCGGAAGAAGAUAUAACUGGAAUAAUUAAACGUUCAUUAGUGGCAGGAUCAAUAGCUGGAUGUUCAGUUGAUUUAUCAUUAUAUCCAAUCGAUACAAUAAAAACUCGUCUUCAACAAAAAAAAAGUUUAACUAGAGGAUUUUUAUUUUCAUCAUUAUAUUCUGGUGUUGGUUCAGUAUUAAUUGGAAGUGGACCAUCAUCAGCUUUAUUUUUUACUGCUUAUAAUUUAUCAAAACAAACAAUUCAAUUCUCAUCUCAAUGGCAAACUCAUAUGACUGCUGCGACAUUAGGAGAAAUUUGUGCAUGUUUAAUACGUGUUCCAGUUGAAGUUGUUAAACAACGAGCACAAGUUAAUCGAAAUUUAAGUUUAUUAACAAUAACUCGAUCUUGUUUUCAAAAUGAAGGUUUAUUUGGUCUUUAUCGAGGAUAUUUUGCAACUGUAACAAGAGAAAUUCCAUUUUCAAUAAUUCAAUUUCCACUAUGGGAAUUAUUCAAAGAAUAUUGGAGUACUAAACAAGGUUAUCCUGUAGCUCCAUGGCAAGGAGCUCUAUGUGGAUCAAUAUCCGGUGGAAUAGCAGCAUCUAUUACAACUCCAUUAGAUGUUGCAAAAACAAGAAUUAUGUUAGCUCAUCAUUCUGAUAUUGACGCAGCUUCAAAUUCUUUUACUGUUAUGAAGAAUAUUGUUAAAAAUGAAGGUUUUACAGCUGGUGUACUUCCUCGUACAAUGUGGAUAUCUAUAGGUGGUUUAAUUUAUUUUGGUGCAUUUGAAUAUGUCACAUCGUUGUUUUUUUCUAAAAAAACUUAA